GCAGCAGCAUUCGCGGGGAAUCCCUCCUGGCCUCCCUCCGAGCGGCGAGCCCGGCGUCCCCAUGACUCUGAACCGCGGCGACAAGCUGCGCUACCUGGACAAGCGGCGCGGCAGCAUGCCGUUCUCCGCACACCAGCACCUGCACCGGCGCAGCAUGCCGGUGGACGAGCGGGACCUGCGGGCCGCCCUGCCGCAGGACGAGCUGUCGGGCUUGGUGCGCUGCACCUCGUACAGCCCCGGCGAGGCGCACCGGGAGAGCUGGGCCUCCGACUCCUCCGACUCCGUCAUCUCCUCGGGCAGCGACUCGGAUGGCAGCCUCUACAAGGUGAUCCUGCUGGGCGAACACGGCGUCGGCAAGACCAGCCUGGCCCGCAUCUUCGGCGGCGUAGAGGACGGCGCGGAGGCGGAGGAAGCCGGAAACACGUACGACAGAUCGAUUGUGGUCGAUGGAGAAGAAGCGUCUCUCGUGGUGUUCGAUAUCUGGGAACAGGAUGACAGCCAAUGGCUUCAGAACCACUGUAUGAAGAUGGGAGACGCCUACAUCAUUGUCUAUUCAGUGACAGACAAAGUUAGUUUUGAAAAAGCCUCCGAACUAAGGAUCCAGCUGAGAAGAGCAAGACAAACAGAAGACAUUCCUAUUAUUCUUGUGGGCAAUAAGAGUGACCUGGUCAGGUCUCGGGAAGUCUCAGUUGAUGAGGGACGGGCCUGUGCUGUUGUGUUUGACUGCAAGUUCAUUGAGACCUCAGCUGCUCUUCAUCAUAAUGUCAAGGACCUGUUUGAAGGUAUUGUUCGGCAAAUCAGGCUUCGCAAAGACAGUAAAGAAGACAACGCUAGGAGAAUGGCCAACACAAAAAGAAGAGAAAGCAUUGGCAAAAAGGCAAAGCGAUUUCUUGGGAGAAUUGUGGCAAAGAAUAACAAGAAGAUGGCUUUCAAAGCAAAAUCUAAGUCUUGCCAUGACUUAUCUGUGCUUUAGAAGCUUCCAGCAAUGUCAGAUGUUGCCAUGUUGGAGGUGAACAAGCAUUUGGCUGUUGAGAAAUAUGUGGAUGAUCCUCAUGGUGAUAAAACAAUGACUUAUCAAUUGAGACUCUCAUUAAUGCCUUAAGGUGCACAAGCAAGUCUGGAAGUUACCUUACAAUGUUGGCUUCAUUGAUGAAUGGUUUGUUUCAAUGUAUACAAGUAAAUGAACUAACUUUAAUUAAGUGGCUUGAUACGCCCACAUUUUCACUAUGUAUAUAUGUUACAUACAUCCUCUUGUCCUGUGGAUACCAGAGAUGCAAAGAUAAGAAAGGAUGAUAAGUAUCACCACAGACUUGCCUCAUUUGCAGAGCAAAACUUAAACUCGUACGCAGGCUCGUACACUCUUUUUAGUAUAAAGUAAGCAAUGAUAAAUCUUUUUAAAUUUAAAUGUGGGGUGGGAGGAAGUAGAACCACAUUAGAAUGAAAGGAAAACAUUUAUAAAUAUAUAUAUGUAUAGUUGAAUAUGGAACAGAUAUCAUUUUAUGAAGUUAAUUUGCACUUCCAUUACCUGUUAUUCAAUUAAUUUGUUACUUGUUUACAUGCAGAUUUUAUAAUAAAGUAUUAUUUCCUGUUAUAAUAAACUCUGCUUUUUUCACAGUAUGGAUAAAGAAUGACAGAGCAGUAUUUUUAUACUGAUCUCUUUUUCACUGUAUAAAACAUUAAUUACAGACUUCAAGUGAUCUAUGCAGAUAUGUAUAUUGCAGUUCUGGAAUGAAAUGAAUCAGGAAUACUCUGUCCUGUUCUUCAGCAUACAGUUCUUUUAAGGAAUUCCUGCUCUUAUGAAUACCUUAUUACAGCAGUUGGUAUUGGAAAGGCGUAUCUUGAUGUUAUGGCUCAUCUUCAACCUGGUUCUCUUGUCAGCUUUAGCAGAAACAGACCUCUAAAUAAUAUGUUUAGUUUGUUAGGCUUUUGUCCAUGCUGGUGAAUUGAAACCUGUAAUGUUCAGCUUCUUACAUCUCUCCAGGGUUGAAGGCCUGGUAUGACAGCCAAUGAGAAAAUGCGGAUUUUUGUUGCUUGUUGUUUGUAUCUCGUUUCUCAUUUCUUUGUUUUCCUUUUUUGGAAGCAAUGUAAUUUUCCCAUCUACUCUCAAGCCUGUAAAUACCUUUCAGUGGCUUUGGGAAUUUCAAAGAAGCCUGGCAAGACUGUCUGAAAGAGUUCUGAAAGAUUCCAUCUGUGGGCUACUGUGGCCUGCAGUUUUCAAGUCCUGUGUUAUAAUUAAUGUGUUACCAUGACUUUUACCUAUUUGCUAUUCAUUAAUUUAAAAAUCAGUCACGCCUCAGCAAAUAAAUCAGGCUGACUGCAUAUGCUUUAUAAAUUCCUCUAUAAAGGAUACAUUAUCUUUAAAUUCUUCCAUAAGCUCAGUUCUCACAGUCAAUAAAACACAAGUCUCCCCUCUUUCCCCUCCCCUUAGCUGAGUCUAGCUAUUUAAAGAGAUUGUUCCGCUGACUGGCGGUUCUUUGCAUGAUCUUACAGAGGCUAGCCCUUCCAAUGCAGCAGACAAAUAGCAUCAGCUGUUACUCCUCACUGUGAGCUUCCCUGAGCUUGAACAAACAACUCUGCAAGGGCUUAGCCUCCUGAUGUGUUGCUGGGGCAGCUAGCUGUUGGCUUCAGUAUAUGUUGCUGCUAACAGGUCACAUUAGUUUUCUUGUGAAGAGAGGUGUUUGCUUUGUGACCUGAGCAAGGUCCAAAGCAAGUGAUUCUGCCCUGCAGCCAGAGCUUACAUUUACCUGAAGAUACUUCUUAUUUGGAUUUGGCCUUUUUUCACUAGCCUUGCUUUCUAGCACACUAUUAUCCCUGGAAUGUCUAACCACAGUCAAGAGCAUGGCAUCAGAUGUCUACUUACACUGAAGCUUUUAUCUUUCAACACCAAAGAAAAUGCCCGAGUCAUGAAAACCUUGCUGCAGAAGAAUCCAAACCGAUAAAUCUGGCACAUACCUAUUUAUGCCUAUAUUAAAGCUGUUAACAAAACUUCGUGUAGCUCCCUGUGUAUUUGCAAAGCUUUUGCCUUUUGGUUGUUCUAUGUUUUCAGAAUGACUGGGAGAGAAUUGGCACUUCAUCUGGAUUGACUUUCAAGAUUUAAUUCUGUCAGUAAUGAAUACAAGGAAUGUAAUAGAAAUCCAGAGAUCGAGCCAUGUCUUUUCACAAAGUGCAACAUGUUACAAAGAUGUUGUGACACAACCAGCUACAAAGCCUCCCCAAGGUCAUGGUUAACAGCUGUGCUUUUUUGCAUACUCUGACCUACAAAUCAGAAUUCUUCUUGUGUUUGUGAAUUCAAAAGAUUAUGUUUGGACAACUCUAAAGCAUAAAAACAAUUCCUGUUUAGUACAUUUCUAGAGGUUCAUAUAAACUGUGGGAAAGAAUUUGUAUUUUAGAAUUGUGUCAUAUAGGCCACUGUGAGACAAUAAACUGUGAAUCAUCUAAAGAAACGUAAGCUCAUCUGUACUGUAUUCAAACAGUUAACAUUAUACAAUAAAAUACUUUCCAAAUCCUUAUUGCAUUGUUUUUUCUCAUUUGU